CGAGUAGGACGGCCAUUUUUCUAAAACACAAACAACAAGAGCAGCGAGCGAGCCUGGACAUAAACACGCAGCGACCGUUGGAGAGGAGGAAAAAAAUAAUUAAUUAAAGAAAAAAAUAGACCAUACAUUUUACAUAAAAUAUUUAACGCAAAGGUUCACCGGAGAACGACGUCAAAAAGGAAGGACGAAGACAAAUGCGUACAAUUGAGGACUAUACACAAAAAAAUCUCGACUGAAAAAAAACAUUGCUUGCUAUCUUCAGAAAGAAGGAGUUUGGAGGGAAGAAAACGGUAAAAAAAAAACAAAACAAAAAAAAAUAAACAUUUGAUCCCCGUGACCAGAAGGGGGGUACCUGGAAGGACCUGGUGGAAGGACCUGGUGAAACGACGUUUCGUCGUUCAGAGGAAGAGCGGGAGAGAGGGAGGGAGAGACUUGCCUCUGCUGGAGACAGCUGUUCCUUCUCCUUUCCUUUUUUUUUUUUUUUUUUUUAAAUUCGUUUAUUUGUCGAUUAUUAUUUAUGUCACAUUGUCAUAUUAGCAUCUUUGUUGAAGUCGGUGAUCUCUAGGCAUUUUUUUUUCUUCUUUCCUCCGGAUAUUAUUUCUGUUUGUUUUUGCCGUUUCGUUUGUUUUUUUGUUUUGUUUGUUUGUUUGUUUGUUUUUUUUUUGGCUGUGAGCAGUUAUCUCCUUGCCGGGUUCCUGUGUUUUGGCCCCCCCCACACACACCCCCCCUCCCCCCUCAACCUCCAAGCAGGCAGCUAUUCUCGUUCUGUCGGGGGGAGUUCUGCUAUCACUGCAGGCACAGACACGGCACCACCACUCGGCCUUCUCACCCAAGCCUGACCCGGUCUCACCCGCUCCCGGCCCAGCCCAGCCCAGUCCAGCCCAGUCCAGCCUGGUCCACUCCUCUGGACAGGAAACUCUGCCCCUUGUGGUCGUGAGGAAUAUGACUGCUGAGACUCUAAACUUCGGCCCAGAAUGGCUUCGUGCACUAUCCAGUGGGGGGAGUGUGACCUCACCGCCCCCCUCCCCCGCCAUGCCAAAGUACAAGCUGGCCGAGUACCGCUACGGCAGAGAGGAGAUGUUAGCACUUUAUGUCAAAGACAACAAGGUCCCAGAGGACAUGCAGGAUAAGGAGUUCUCCGCUAUCCUGCAGGAUGAGCCACUGCAGCCCCUGGCCCUCGUGCCUCUGACUGAGGAGGAGCAGAGGAACUUCUCCAUGUCCGUGAAUAGUGUGGCUGUGCUGAGGCUCAUGGGAAAAGGAGGCGGGGCCAUCCCUGCGGGUGUGCCCAGGGGCCGAGGCAGCACAAGAGGCGGCAGAGGGCGUGGGAGGGGCGAGGGUGGAUUCUACCAAAGAAGUAUUGAGGACGGAGAAGUUGGCUUCAGUCGGACCGGCAGAGAGAUCCACCGCAGCCAAAGCUGGGACGACAGAGGGGAGCGGCGGUUCGAGAAGCCGCUCAGACGGGACGGGGUGCGCGUAGGCUUCGAAGAGGCGGGGCCAGCCGUGCGGAAGGACUACACGCGCUCGGACAGCGAGAACUGGCGGACCCUCCGGGAGGAGCACGAGGAGGAAGAGGGGGGCGAGCCGGGGGGCAGCUGGAGGCUGGCGGGGGCGCGCCGAGACGACGGCGGCCCGCGGUCGGCAGGGUGGCGGGAGCACGGGGGCGCGGCGGAGGGCCGGCGCAGGAAGUUUGAGUUUGAUUUCCGGGAGCACGGCGAGGGGGGGCGCAGGCGAGCGGGGAGCGAGGGGCUGGAGGACGAGCGGGACGGCCUGCCCGAGUGGUGCACCGACGAGGAGGACGGGGAGAUGGGCACCUUCGACUCCUCCGGGGCCUUCCUGCCCAUCAAGAAGGGCUCUAAGGACCCCAUUCCAGAGGAACUGGACUUCCAGGGUCUUGAGGACGAAGAAGAAGAGGGCAGCCCCAACCAGGAGAGGAAGGACAGCGGUGGGGAGAGAGAAGUUAAAGAGGCAGCUGUCAGUGUUGAGAGGGAGGCGAAAUCCGUGUCCCCCCCUUCUCCCCCCGCCCUGUCGGCCCCCCCAGCCCUGGUCAGCGAGCCCCAGACCGCGCCCUGUGAACCGGAGCCCCCCCAGGCACCUGCCGCCCACCCCCCCAAGGCCAGCAAGAUGUCAAACGAAGAGGGUGCACCAGCAGGGGGCGCCACUCAACUGAGCCCCGGCACUUCCUCAAGCCUGUCUUCAUCCCCUCCUUCCUCAACUGCUGCUAUUGACCUCCCACCGCCAGGGGGCGACGCUGAGGAUGAUGAGGGCAUGAAGCACCUGCAGCAGGAAGCGGAGAAGAUGGUGGCGUCGCUGCAGGACACGUCUCUGGAGGAGGAGAGCUUCACUCAGACCCUGCAGGAGAGCCGCAACACAGCCGCCGCCCUGCCGCUCUCCCACGAGGCCGCCAUGAAGUGGUUCUACAAGGACCCCCAGGGGGAGAUACAGGGGCCCUUCAGCACUCUGGAGAUGUCGGAGUGGUUCCAGGCGGGGUACUUCACCAUGACCCUGCUGGUGAAGCGGGGGUGCGACGAGGGGUUCCAGCCCCUGGGCGACGUCAUCAAGAUGUGGGGGCGCGUGCCUUUCGCCCCCGGCCCCUCCCCGCCCCCGCUGCUGGUGAGACAACCCCCACGCCCUCCACAGGCCCGGGGGCCCUCUGGUAACAUGGACCAGGAGAGGCUGAAGAAGCAGCAGGAGCUGGCGGCUGCAGCAGCACUCUACCAGCAGCUCCAGCAACAGCAGCUUUUCCAGCUCAUCAACAGGUGUGGAGAGCAGAGCAUGAUGCCUUCGAUGAACAGGUCGAUGUCAGUGCCAGACACAGGGUCCAUGUGGGACAUGCAUACCUCAGCUUCACAGCAACAAGGCAGUGAAGCCACUUUAUGGGACUUAACAAUGAAUUCUUCAACUCAGGGUCCAACUCUCGAACAGCUUCAGAAGCUCCAGCAGGAGAGGCGUGAUGCUGAACUCAGGGCGAAGCGAGAGGAGGAGGAGCGGAAGCGCAGAGAGGAGAAGAGGAGGCAGCAGCAGGAGGAGCAGAAGAGACGCGAGGAGGAGGAGCUCUACCGGCGCAAACAGUGCCGGCAGCAGCAGGAGCUGAUCAUGAAGCUGCUCCAGCAGAGCCAGCAGCAGGCCGCCGCCCAGUCCAGCCCGGGGUGGAGCGGGGGUCCCGCCCCCCAGCUGCCCAAAUCCAACAAGGGCCUGAGCCUGCUGGAUCUGCAGCAGGAGGCCGAGAGGCAGCUCCACAAGCAGCAGCAGAGGGCCCAGCACCAGCAGAGAGACAGGGUGCACGGCGGCCUGUCGAUGGGGAGCUCGGGCGUGUCCUCGCUGGGGGUGCAGUGGGGCGAGGGAGCGGGCGGCCUGUGGGGCGGGGCCGGGAUGGAGGGGAAGACGGGCGGGGCCGGCGGCAGCUCCGGGAUGGGCAUGUGGGACGAGGCGGUGAAGAACCAGGCCGGCAUUCGGAGCAUGGGCCUGAAGAACAGCCGGAGCAGCCCCUCCCUCAGUGAGCAGUACAUGCUGAACAGACGCAAGCGCACUGAGGAAGAGGAGAAGCUGCUGAAGCUGCUCCAGGGCAUGAAGCCGCAGGAUGGCUUCACCACCUGGUGUGAGCAGAUGCUGCACGCACUCAACUCCUCCGCCAACAACUCAUCCUCCUCCCUCCACGUGGCCACCAUCGUGGCCUACCUGAAGGAGGUGGAGUCCCCCUACGAGGUCCUCGACUUCAUCCGCUCCUACCUGGGGGACACCGUGGAAGCCAAAGAGUUUGCCAAACAGUUCCUGGAGCGCCGUGCCAAACAGAAGGCCAACCACCAGAGGCAGCAGCAGCAGCAGCAACAGCAGCAGCUAUCGAAAGAAAUCGCUGGGUUGACCAUGACCUUCCCGCUCCAGGACUCCUCGCGGGGGGUGAACCCCAGCUCUCUGCAGACAGUGUUCCAGGCGGCGCACGCGGGGAAAGGCGGGGUUUACGACACCCAGGCAGGGAAGCUGAAGAAGAAGCCGCCCAUGAUGCUGCACUCCGACCCCAGCAUCUUAGGAUAUUCCUUCCACAGCGCUGGGGACAGACUGAGCCUGAAUGAGAUGGAGGUGGUGGAGGAUUACUGAUCCACAGCAAUAACUACCUGAGGCCUUUGUCUAAUAAUCAGAUCUUCUGAUGAGGAAUGUGCACUGCUAGGGGAGGGGGAGAGGGGGCAAGGAGAAGGCCCGUAGGUGAGGGGCGGGGGGGGGGGGUCAUCGGUGGAGGGGUAGGGUGUAUGGGGGGGGGGGCAAUUGGUUUGGGAAUCCCCUGGCACUUAUGAUAGCACCUUAAACUUACUAAUGCACUUUAUUAAGAUGGGAUUUGAAUAGGGUUUUUUUGUUGUUUUUGUUUUGUUUAGUUUUUGUGUGUGUGUAUGCGUGCGUGCGUGCGUGCGUGUGUUUCUUUAAACACAUAACCUAAAAAUGAAUGUGUGUGCGUGUACACGCCUGCAGUCGUAGACAGAUGUAAUGUCUGAACUGGGAGGUGACAUUUCUGAGGAAUGGAGGUGGGGAAUCAAAAAUUGGGGGGACCCCUUUUUUUCCUUUUUUUUUUUUUUUAACCUUAUCAGAAAACAAAUCCUUUCUUGAAAAGACAAACACUGUUGUUGUUUUUUUUUGCUUUGUUUUUUAAAAAAACGUUUAUAUAAAAAGUAAAGCUAUUAAAAAAUUGAUUGAAAAACUUGAAGAUUUGCACUUGCUUAAAAAAGAAAAAACUUUAAAAAACUUUAAAAAAAACAAACAAAAACAAAGUAGAUUAGGUAUAGAAAGCGAUAUUUUUGUGAAUGUGUGUGUGUGCCCGUGUGUGAGAGAGAGAGAGUGAGCGAGCGAGAGUGUGACGGAAACAGUAGUCUGCACAAUGUAUUUCCUUUCCACUGCUUGCCGAGAUGUGUAAAAGGAGAGGCCGUUCUGUCUUUUUGUUUGAACUAGAAUUUUGUAUUUCACGAGAAGAAUGCAUUUGUGUGUGUGUGUGCGUGGGUGUAUGUCUAUUUCAGAUUUUUUUUUAAAUCUUGCAAGGAUGUGUGUGUUUGUGUGUGUGUGUGUCACACAGAGAGAGAGAGAGUGAGAGAGAGUGCAAGGGCAAUUGCACAACACAUCCUUUUUUUCUUUCACCAGCUUUCCAUCCCCAGAUGAAAACAAUCCGUGUGUAUGCAUAUGUAGUGAAAUGUUAUCGUGUCACUGCUCUGUUUAAGUACGUUUCCAUUUUUGUAUUUUUUUUUUUUUUGGAAAGGACGAGGGUGCUAUGAAGGGUGCAGUGUAACCCCCCCCCCCAUCCUGUCGCUGUCAAUGGCGGGGUGAAGUGGAGGGAAAUGGGAGAAAAGAACUGUCUCUGCUUUUCAAAAAAAAAAAAGAAAAAAAACGGCCACAGAAGAGUGGUGUGUGUGUGUGUGCGCGCGCGUGUGUGUGUGUGUGUGAUUGAACCGAAAGUGUAAGUGCAAGAAUGCGGUGGACUGUAUGUAAGAAUUUAUUUUCUACAUAUCUGCAUUUAUAACUUGGAGUUCCAUAAGUGUCUUUAGUCUUUCACAUUGCCCUUUACGUUUCCUGUUCUGUACGUAUUUAUGAAAAAAAGAAACAUGCAAAAUGUAUGUAAUUGUAUAUUUGAAGAUUUUGUUGUUUAAUCUGGGGAUGAUGUUUGGGGGAAAUAGUUCUAGUUUUUUUUUUUUGGAUGCGAUAAUAUUGCCUUUUGUUAACUCUCUCACCAAUGAAUGAAAUGGAUAGAGUUUCUAAUUGAGCUAAGGAAAUAGCAUCAAAUUUUGUGUGCAGGUCGAUGCACCAAUGUUAUUGUGUUGUGUUACUCUUGUUGUUGCAAUUGAUACAUUUUCUUUUAUAUAAGCAUUACAUACAAAGUGAAAAAGUAUUUGGACGAGGAUUUGGAGCACUUGAGGCUGCUACAAUAUUUUUUUGUUGUUGUUUUUGGUUAGGUUCUUUUUAACCCUUAAUUUUUUGUUUUUGUUUCAUUGCCUCCACAAGAAGUGCGUGUGUUAUUUUUAUUUUUUUCAUAAAAAAAAUAUUGAAUGUAUUCCAAAAAAAAAAAAAAAGGAAAAAAAAAAAACUUGAGAUGAUGCCGGGUUUUUCACGAAGAGGACAGCUACGUAUUUUUCACAGAUGUACGUCAAGAGAAGCAUCGAUGCCCACUGUUUAAUACACUGCCUCUGCAGCCCCAUUCAUACAAAAAGAACUGAAAAUAAAAACAGACUUCGAUUUCUAUUCCUGAUGGGAGUUUCGGUUGUUUACAAACCACGCGGAUUUCUGUGGGUGCAGUUUUUGUUUUUUUUUUUGGUUGUUUUUUUUUUUUUUUUUUUGGUUUAUUUUGUAUUUUUGGUUCUGUGUUUGGUGUUUGUUUUUGUGUGGGUGGGGGAGGGGGGGGGUGAGUGCACUUGUGCAGUAAGGACUCUUUAAAGAGCAUUUGCAACUGUGUCCUUUUUUUUUAUAAAGGGGGAGGAGUCAUAAUCCGCUGUUGCGGCCGGACACUCCCUUUGAUCUCGUUACGGCUGUGGCUAUUUUUUCGACAUUGAAGCUGAAGCGUGUGGGAAAAGAAAAAGGAUUACGGCGAGAGAAAUCAAAGAUUAUUUCCUUUUUCUUUUGUGCCGGGAAGUUUUGGUUAAUGGGAGGGGGGGGGAAUGCAUUAUAAGCGUGAUUUAUCACUAUCAAUUUUUAAAUUUUUUUUUUGUCAUACAUUUGGCUUUAACUGCCUGUGUGUUUUUGAGAUUAGCGAAUAAUGCAAAGUUAAAGACUUUCGUUUUUUCGUUUAAAAAAAGGAAGAGCCAGAGGACUUUUUUCGGUACGCGAUACACAAACACGGAAUCAAUCUUCGCUUUAACAGUUUUUUUUUUUUUUUUUUUCAAUUUUUGUUGGGUCUCUUUAGUUCAUGGAGAAUUAUAUAUUUUUGCUUAAAACAACAAAAAAAAAAAAGAAAACAACAGGAAAUAUAUCGGUGAGGAUGGACAAAAAAAUCUUUAAGCUGUAAAUGUGACCUCAGCUCACAGUCAUGUCCUUGAACUGCUUGUGGUCAUAAUAGUUGAACUUUUUUUGUUUUUUGAAGGGGGGCAUUUGUAAGUUUGUUUGGCCUUGGAAAGCUCGGACGGAAGGACAAAUAGGCGUGGAUUUCGACUGGCCUCUCCGCCCCCUGAACGCCCUCUCGCUAUGCACUUUGAAAAUCAAACGACGAGGAUCUUUGUCUUUCCAGAGGGAGAGGACAUGGGCGGGGGGUGGGCGGGGUCAUCUUUGAUUGGCCCCUUUUGUGACCAAUCGGAUGCUUUCUGCAAACUGCUGCUGCUUCAAUGGAAAAGGAUGGAAAAAAAUUUGCCCUCUUUCCUGUAUAUAUACAUAUAUACUUAUAUAAACAUAUUUUUAUAUACCGUAAAAAGCUGAGAAAAGAAAACAAUUAACACGACAAAAGAUGCCUGAUACGAAAUGAAGGAAAUUCGCUAAAAUAAAAUAAAAAAAGGGGUUUGUUCAUUCAAACUUUUUUUUUUUUUUGGUUACUGGAUUUUGGUGGAAGAACUGAAGGCCACAUCUGCCCCUGCUUCUACAUACAGAGGAGCUGAAGGGCUUAGGCUGACAUUGGGGUGGAGGGGGGGGCAAGUGGACUUUCUUAACACCCCCCCCUCCCCCCUCAAAAAAGCAGUGCUGCAACUGCUGGUCCCGGAUUGCUUCUUAAAAUGCAAGAAGGGAGGGGGGACAAUGUCGGGGGCGGGGCGGGGUGUAGGGGGGGAAACACUCUUGAAAGUUCAUGUUGGGACAGGAUAUAAAAGACGGUAGAAGUGAUUGGACUUUCGUGUGGAUUACUUCAAAAAAAAAAAAAAAAAGACUCAACAGGAAGGAGAACAGUGUGUUGUAUCUGCUGUUUGAAGAACGAAGAGGAGACUGGAAAAGAAGGGGGGAUUUUUUUUUGUGCUUCGAAGCGCUCUGUCCCCCCCUCUGGCCCCAGGAGUGGUGGUGGGAAGGGGUUCCGGCAACCACCGAGAUCUGGACUUCCCUUUUGGGAACUGCUGAACGGUGCAGGAAACUGCAGUGCUCCGGGCAGUACGGAUUUGGGCGCCUCUGCCCUCCCCUCAACGCACCCUCUCAGUUCCGGCCUUUGGGAAGGGAGGCCAGGGGGCGCGAUGGGACUGUCCGGUCCUCCGUCGGGGGACGCCUGCGGAUGUGGACCGUCCAGGAGGCUCGGUCUGAUCUUGUUCCACUCCCGUCCACUAGAUGGCGACUAGUGCGGCAUCUCCCACUGGCAGGAGAGGAAACUGACUUUAGAGGAGCUGGACAGGAUUGCCAGACGGCCGACUGGACGCUCGUCGCGGUCACAGUCAACCGAGCUGCCAGUUAACUGCACCAGAGACAGUGUGUGAGUGCAUUCAACAGACUAAACCACACGUAUCCAAAGCUCAGAUGUGGGGGACAGCUAAAGAACUAAAGUCAAUCCCCUGAUCAGCUCUUUGGAUUUUAUGUGUGUGUAUAUAUAUAUAUACAAUCUCCAAGACUUGAGCUGGCGAAUUCAGUAUAGGAACAGAGGUGGUUGCAACCCAGGCAUCCGUAAAAAACUGUACAGAACACACACACACACACACACACACACACACACAGUCUCAGACAAUUAUCAAUCCUGCUGCACCAUUGCCUGAUAUUGGAGUAUAUAUGCAGACACACAAGACUGAAAUCUGAAGCUAAACCAUGCAGUGCUGGGCUUUACAGCAGUAGAUGUGCACACACACACACACACACACACACACACACACACACACACAGCCAAUCGCAUCCUACACCAUAACACACACUCAACACUGAUGACUGGCUGCCUUGUAAAUAAUGUACAUUUCGUAUCAUUACUUUUCUUGUCCUUUUUUUUUUUUUUUUUUUUUUUUUUUUUUUUAUUUUUUUUUUUUUUUUUUUUUUUUUUUUUUUUUUUGUUUCUUUUUGACAUGCCUUAAAUGUACAGACCUGGGUCAUAAAGACGAGGCGUCAAAACAAUGUAAAGACUUUGUUCUGGAAGAAGAAGGAAUAUGCACACCUCUCUGUUCACCGCUGAGCGUGAGACUUCCUGUACAGAGUGCGAGACUUCCUGUACAGAGCCGUGUUGUACUCCCCUUGGCUCCUGCAGCUCCUGGUAGCAUACUUGUUCAGACGGUGUGCGUAUAUAUAUAUAUCUAUAUAUAUAUACAGAGCAGCCUGAUGGUGACCUGAGACACUGAAUCUGAGCUAUCCAGAUCAUAGUUUGCCUUGUGAACUGUGUGACUUUGUAAAGAAUCUCCAGUUUUAAAUGCCUAUACAUGUAGCGCGGGUACCUGGCCCACACUGGCCGCCUGUACUAGUGGAGCUGAGCUGACAGGAUGGGAGAAAGGGCAGAAACACACUCACUACACACACGCGCACACACACACUCUCACUACACACACACACGCACACACACACACACACACAGACACACCACACACACACACACACAGACACAGACACAGACACAGGCACUCUCACCACACACACACACACACACAGAGACACACGGGCAUUCACUACACACACACUCUCACACACGCGCACUCACUACACACUCACACGCGCGCACUCACUACACGCACGCACACACUGCACGUACACACACAUACGUACACACAUAUAACACAAACACACACACAACACACUAAACACACGCAUAAACACAUACAUUAUACACACGCACAACGACUGUAAUCAGUUCACGAUCUAGUAACCCGCCGUGCACACCUGCACAUGCUCUGUCCGUUUCGGCGUGCAGACCUCACCCCAUUGGCUGACGGGCAGUUGGCAGUAAAAGUUCCUUGUAAAGCAGCUGAGUGACACGUCAAGGUUUCUGUUGCUGGACAUUGCGGCUUUUUUU